GGCUGUUGUGCUGGCUGUGGGCUCUGCUGCCGGCCUCAGCAUCACCGUCCGCUACCCUGCGGUCAACCUGCCGAACGGGCGGGGCUGUACCUGCGUGGAAGCGGAUGCGGGCUCAACUGGCGCACGGGCGUGGCGAUGGAAGCGACCGGAAGGACACGUGGAUGGCGUCUGCCGAGUGCUCUGCCAGCGAUGGCGAUCUCGAGUACAAGGUGCUCGUCAACGAUGAGACGUGGCAGCUCGGCGGCAACGCGGUUGCACCUGCGGGCGUGUCCGACGUCACCGACACCCCGUGGUUCUACACCGCCCAGGGUCACUACGUCUACCUCUACGACAUCUACUCACCCAAGCUGAAAAAUUCGCGCAACGUCGUCACCUGGCUGCCUCCGUCGUACAACGAGAACCCGUACAAGGGUCCGUAUCCGUUCCUGAUCAUGCAGGACGGCCAGAACCUCUUCAACGCGUCCACAUCGUUUGCGGGCAUUGCUUGGGACUGCCAGAAGACGAUGAACCCGCUCAUCAUCGAGGGCGUCGUUCCAGAGAUCGUCCUUGUCGGCGUCGACAACACCGCGGCGCGAAUCGACGAGUACACGCCAUCGUACGACCCGUCUGUCGGUGGAGGCGGCAAGGCCGACACAUAUCUUGACUUUGUGGAGGAGAUCAUCUUUCCGCUCAUCGCCAAGAACUACCGGGUGCCGGCGCAUCCUGCGCCGGAGCACACCGGGAUCCUUGGCUCGUCGCUCGGCGGCCUGCUCUCGUGCUACGCGGCGUGGACCCGCCCGCACGUCUAUGGCAUUGCCGGCUGCAUGUCGUCGUCUUUCUGGUGGGACAACUUCCAGUUCGGCUCGCAAAUCAUGACCGAUGACUCGGCGCCAUCGCCGCCCAACGUCUACUACCUCGACGUUGGCUCUCUCGAGCCUGCUUCGCAGACCGAUGGCUUUGAGCAGGUUCGCUCUCACUUUGAGGCUCUGGGAUGGAAGACCAACUCGACUCUCUUCUCUUUCCUUGCCCAGGGCGGCUCGCACAACGAGGCUUCGUGGGGCGCCCGCUUCUGGGUGCCCAUGACCGAGAUCGGUCCGUUCUUUGUUUCAUCGCCGUAGCGUGCCAUCCCACUCUACAUCACAUGAUUGCUUUUCCCUCAAGCCCGACGUAUGCACUUGCCGCACAAAUCCC